AUGAAGAUGCACAAGAGGUUUCUGGAGCUGCAAGGAGCGCUCGGAGUCUUCGAGAAAGAGACACGAAAUGCGGAGGACUACAGCCCGGCCAAGCAACAAAUCAUCAAGGAGAGGAUACACAACCUCGAAGUUGAACUCAUGCAAGAGACAGACAAGUACUUGUACGCUGUGGGAGGAGUAAGGAGCAGGCGACCGAUGGAUAAGACGCUGGGGAGGGUGGAGUCUAUGGAGAUAGAGAAGCAUGUCAAGGAAGAAAGGACUAUUAUCCCUCGAGCAGUGCACACUUCUAUGCCGGGAUGGACAAUGGACGAGGAGCCUCUCUCUUGGGCUCGGGUGUCUGCGGGAUUAGCUGUCGCGCACUACAGGACGUAUGUCGUCGGCGGGUACGACGUGAUAAGGAACAGGACCUCGCACAUCGUUGAGAGCAUGGAUCCCUUCGGCGUCUGCUGGAGGAGGGAGGCUGACCUGCCCGGCUGCUGGAUGAACGUCGCAUGCGGCACGCUGGAGGAUCGACUGUACGCGGCGGGGGGAAGGAACUUUGAGAACGCGAGCGUGUCCUCCGACAUGUCAAGUUACGACUACGAGUCAAACUCGUGGCGGCCAGAAACUUCACUCCCCUCUCCUCGGUGGGGAGGGGCGAUGAUCGCCCACGACGGCAGGCUCUACUACAUGGGAGGGUCCGACGGAGAAGAAGUGCAUUCCAACAUGUGGAGCUGGAACUCAAGGUGCGAGAUGACGGCAGUGGUGCUGAGCGAUGGCAUCCUGGUUGUCGGAGGGCACGAGGACUCGUCGAUAGGGAGGGAGGGAAGUUGCGGGAAGGUGCGGAGGGAGGAGGAGAAUCCUUCCCCUCCCACCGUGCACAAAAGCGUCGAGUACUUUGACUUCCGGACGAGGAAGUGGCGGUCGGAGCGACCCUUGCGCGAGGAGCGUUAUGCUCAUGGCGCUGCUGCCUUGGGCGCGAGAGUCUUCGUUGUCGGGGGAUCGAACUCUCUUGGCCAGUGGCAGAAGAGCGUCCUUAGUCUGUCCUUGGGCGAUAAAUACUGGCGAGAGGAGCCGAGCAUGGUGCGCGAGCGCAAGGGGCUUGUGGCGCACGUCAUGCAUCGCCCGACGCAGCUGCGAGGAAUCCCUGGACCGACUUCUACCGAGUCGGAGUAG